UACGUCAACGACUGCCCUCAUCCAAAAUGGCGGCGCGCAAUGUGGAGGCACGUGAGCUGUUUGGGAAUGCUGUCCGUGCUGUUCUGGAGACGUGGCCCGUUUUAAAGAUUGCAGUGGAAAAUGGCUUUGGUGGUGUCUACAGCCAACAGAAAGCUGACUGGAUGGUUGGAGCUGUGCAGCAGUAUUUCUUUGAUAAUGCGGACCUCCAGCAAUAUGAAGUGGAAGACUUCCUAGCUGAGCUUCUGAAUAAUGAAUUUGACACGGUUGUGGAAGAUGACAGCUUGCCACAGGUAGCAUUGCAGAUAUGCAAGUUGUUCAGUAGCUGCUCUCAGGGGCAUCUUAUAGAAGUUCAAGCUAAAAUUGAUGAACUGAUUCAGAAGAAAAUAACUACCAAGGUGAAUGUUGUGGCAGCAAAAGGUUUGGAUGAGGAGGAAGAAGAAAGCAGUGAGGAGGAUGAAGUUGGAGAGGCCAUGGAUUGUGAGGCAGCUUGUUCCUCCACUAUGACAAGCAGUGGCAGGCAAACUAGCCUGCCACCUUCAGAAGACAAGAGUGAUCAGGUGGCAGAAGAUGAUGGUUGGACUGUGGUUCGCCAUAAAAAGAGAUGAUUUCCAAGAUGUCUGAUUUUAUGAUACCAGUGCAAGUUAUUGUGUUUUCAAAAUGAACUGGGAUCACUGGAUAGGAGCCAGGUGUGACUGCUCAAAGUGGAUUUAAGAAAGAGCCUGUAAUUGUGGACCGUAGGACUUGAGUCUGUUUAAGGAAUCAUGGUUUCGACUCACUGUAUCAUGUCUGGUAUAAGUUUUCUAGCAUAUGAAUAAGGGCAUCCAGAUUUGGUCAUUUAUUCUCUAGCAGAGAACCACAGUAUUCAAAUGCAGUAGCAGGUUCAGACUAUAUUUUUUACAUUUAAAAAUUAAAUCUAUGGUAAACUCCAGGGAAGAAAUUGCCUUUACUGUUGUUUGUCAGUUUUUGUCUAUCUUGUCUGUUUACUGUAUGUCUUAUGUGUGUAUAAAUUACCUGAAUCAGCAGUGCCCUUUACUUGCUUUAUGUUUUAUUUUCCAUGUAUCUUCUUACUGAAGGUCUAUUGAAUAAUAUUAUGUAUAA